AUGGCUGUGGGCUGUAAGAUGUACGAGCUAAGCAGCUCGUUGCUCGGGCAUAGUAUGGAUGUGAAAAGUGUCGUGGCAAUAAGUGACACUCAGAUAGCGAGUGGUUCGCGCGACGGAACGGUUCGUGUAUGGACGCGAGACACUUCAGAUUCCCGAUUAUGGUCAGGGGCCAUUCUGCACUCAACAGAAAGGUACGUCAACGCAGUAUGCUACGAAGAGAAUGAACAACUGGUCUUCUUCGGGGGCCAAGAGGCAGUGAUUGGCGCAGUAUCUCCGCUGGUGUUAGAAGUACAAGAUGCGAGCUAUCUACUGGCCGGGCACAGUGGUAACGUCUGCGCGCUAGAAGCUCGCGAUGGGCAAUUGGUGAGCAGUAGUUGGGACCAGACUGCGAGGGUGUGGCGCGAAGGCACGGAGGAACGCGCACUGAGUGGACAUAACGCUACUGUGUGGCACGCUCUUGCGUUGGGGUAUGACAGGUUUCUAACGGCGUCUGCAGACAAGACGAUCAAGUUGUGGGAUGGCGCGCGAGACCUGGCGACCUACAAUGUGCACACGGACGUGGUGCGUCAUCUGGCAUUGGCGCCAGACGGCCACCACUUCGCUAGCUGCUCGAAUGAUGGCUCAGUUAAGGUCCAUACGCUCGACGGCAAGACGGUGCGUACAUUUGAUGGCCAUGAGAGCUUUGUGUACUGCGUCAAGUACUUACCGGACGGUGGGCUUGUGAGUUGUGGUGAAGACAAGACGGUGCGAGUGUGGGACAUGUCGGGGCACGUUCGGCAAGUGAUCCGGCUCUGCGCAACAUCACUAUGGAGCCUGGACGUCCUGCCCAAUGGAGAUAUUGUUGUUGGCGGCAGUGAUGGUAAAAUUCUAAUAUUCACGGUGGAUCCAGCUCGCGUCGCGCCUGUUGAGGAACUAGAGCAACUGCGUGAGGCAGUGGCGUCAACUGCGAUCAAUGCCAAAGUGAUCGAUUUCGAUGAGUCCAAACUCUCUCCCUACGAGACAAUACAGGCACCAGGUAAGUCAGAGGGCCAGGUGGUUGUUGUCAAAGCACCAUCUGGCGUUAUCGAAGCACAUCAAUUCUCCGGAGGACAAUGGGCAAAGGUUGGUGAUGUUGUGGGCUCUUCCGGAAGUGAUCUGAAGACCGAGUUCCAGGGCAAAAUGUACGACUAUGUCUUUGACGUGGACAUUCAGGACGGUGCGCCGCCAUUGAAACUAGCUUUGAAUGCCAAUGACAAUCCAUACGAUGCGGCAGAUAAGUUUAUUGCUCAAAAUGACUUACCGGUAAGCUACAAGAACCAGGUCGUGGAGUUCAUUCUAAAGAAUUCCCAAGGGCUAACUUUGGAGCAGCAGGGUCCUUCUGAUAGAGCUCGACAGUCAGCAUCUGGGCCUGCUAGGCGGAUAUUGCCCGUAACAGUAUAUCUCUCCCUUGAUAGCUUCAACCCAGAUGCCCUUUUUAAAGGCAUAACAAAGCUGAAUACGGCAGAAAACCGAUUUGAUGACAAAGACCUCGCGGCUAUCGCUACGGCACUACUGGACGUUCCCUCGAACUACGAGUUACUCUUUGCAAAUGCAAAUAUUAUUCACUCUUCUUGGACUACAAAGAUUCCUGCAUAUGAUCUGAUGCGUCUGUUGGUCCGGUACCUACCGAGCGCCGAUGGGAUCAGCGCAUUUGUCGAUAGUGGCUUUGAUUCGAAAAAUCCGAUCAUUACCAUGCUGACUAUACGUCUACUGACCAACGCCUUUGCAAACAAAGACUGGGGCGUUAACCUAAUGUCGUCUGCGCCAAUGUAUAACUCGAUAUUUGGGUUGAUUGAUGCAGACCACCCAACUUGUCCUCCUAAGCAACAGUCAUCACUGGCCGUAGCAAUAGCUACCCUAAUAUACAACUACUCAGUGUUGGUAGUAAAAGAGAACAACCAUGACAUCCUAGCAAUUGUUGCAGAGGUUCUAAACAACAAAUACGGCUCCUCUUCCUUUAUCCUGCGGAACGAGGAGGCCGCAUACAGACUCCUUGUUGCUUACGGAAACUUAAGUACUGUGGAAGGCACCUUCGCACAGUUUGCUCCUUCUAUCUCAUGGAUAAGGAAGCUGAAGAGCCAGUAUGGCCACAUAUCGAAAUUCCAGGAUAUUUUAAAUGAUAUUUAA